GCCAAAUGGUAAAAAUAGGCGAUGAUGUACCAAGGGCCAAAAUAGUUUUGCCCAUUUUCUGACACCUGUCUCCAUUUCUCUGCUGCCGAAUUAAGUAUUGUCUCAAAUUAAUCUGUCCAAAACUAAAAUAUUCAUCAACAAUUCGACACACAGCAGAGGCCGCCAUUAAUGGAGGCAGCUAGCUACCAUUCUGCUUGCUCCCCAUUUCAUGCUCAUUUUCGCCAAGAUACAUUUAGUUCCAGACCCAGGAAGAUAAAUGGAUGUAUUAAAGUGUAUGUAAAGACAGAAAAGUUGUCCGAGCGAGGUGGAAAGAAAGCUAAUCUGGGUGCCAGAAAGAAGGAGAGAAUUAAGCUUCCUAAUUAUGGUGAUGGGGUUGGAGAAAAUGGAAUUUACCAUAUUAGUAAGUUCUUCAGUCAUCCAUCUGGAAUUGAAUCAAUUUUGAACACAAGUGCCUUGCAGAGUUAUCAAUUCCUCGAUUCCAAUUUGUAUAGGUGUGUUCUUCCACAAAUAAAAUUUCUCAGCUUUAGAGUUUCACCAGUGUUGGACUUACAAGUGAUUCCAACUAGUGAAGAUUGUGUAGUUGAGAUGUUGUCUUGCAAGUUUGAAGGUUCUGAGUUCAUGGAACGCCAAAACGAGAAGUUUUCAGCUUUUAUGAGGAACCACAUAAAAUGGGAGUCUGUUGGUGCUGAACAAUAUUUGGAUGUAGAUGUGAAGUUAAAUCUCAUCCUUGAGAUUUACACCCGGCCAUUUACUUUGAUGCCCAUAUCAGCUGUUGAAGGUCCGGGAAAUAAAAUGAUGCAGACCUUAGUAGAUCAACUUGUACCUUUGCUCAUAAAACAGCUGCUGCAAGAUUAUGAGGAAUGGAUUGAUCAACAAUGUAAAUGCCUCCAAUAAAGCAACAUGCUUUUUGAAACGUGAGGGCACAUUUUUUCUAUCUGUGGCGAAAAGAAAAAUAUAUCUUGCAGACAGUAUCAUGAUCCAUUGUCUUUGUUGGAAAUAUUGUCUACAUAAAUAAAGGGAUUUUAAGGUGAAUGAAAAA